CUUUUUCUUUCCUCUUCUCUCCUCUCGCUCUGUUUCUGCUGCAGCUUUGAGGAAGUGUCGCACGGCGACGCCACUGCUCAAAUACUGCAGUCACCUGCUCUCCUAUCAGCUGUCCUGCCAUGUUGAUUUCAUGGUGGUAUUUGUACCUGGGAGCUCAAAGCAUCUACAGGAAAGCACAAAACAUGACAUCAGUGCUGCAGAAGCUCAUCACUCCCAUGAUCAAUGGACCAUUGGAGCCUCCCAGGAACAAGGUGACAGUGGUGGGAGUGGGCCAGGUGGGCAUGGCAUGUGCUGUCAGCAUCCUUUUGCAGGAGCUGGCUGAUGAGCUGGCCCUGGUUGAUGUGGUGGAAGACAAACUAAAGGGAGAGAUGUUGGAUCUGCAGCAUGGAAGUCUCUUUUUCAAAACUCCUAAAAUUGUCUCAGGAAAGGAUUACUCAGUGACAGCAAACUCACGCAUCGUGGUAGUCACAGCAGGUGUACGCCAGCAGGAGGGUGAAAGCAGGCUUAACUUGGUCCAGAGAAACGUCAAUGUCUUCAAGCACAUAAUCCCACAAAUAAUCAAAUACAGCCCCGACUGCAUCCUCAUUGUGGUUUCAAACCCAGUGGAUAUUUUGACUUAUGUGACAUGGAAGCUGAGCGGCCUACCCAAACACCGCGUCAUCGGCAGUGGCACUAAUUUGGAUUCAGCACGUUUUCGGUACCUAAUGGCGGAACAACUGGGAGUCCACUCUAGCAGCUUUAAUGGCUGGAUCCUAGGAGAACACGGUGACUCCAGUGUUCCUGUUUGGAGUGGUGCAAAUGUAGCAGGUGUGAACCUCCAAAAAUUUAACCCGGACAUUGGCAAAGACAGUGACAGAGAGAACUGGAAAGAGACUCACAAGUUGGUGGUUGACAGUGCCUAUGAGGUGAUCAGACUGAAAGGCUACACUAACUGGGCUAUUGGACUGAGUGUAGCAGAUUUGACGGAGAGCCUCAUUAAAAACCUGAACAGAGUUCAUCCCAUUUCUACAAUGGUCAAGGGAAUGUAUGGGAUCAAUGAUCAGGUGUUCUUGAGCCUGCCAUGUGUGCUGAACAACAGAGGAGUGAGCAGCGUGGUCAACAUGAACCUGACCCAGGACGAGGUGUCUCAGCUGCAGAAAAGCGCAGACACUCUGUGGAACAUUCAGAAAGACCUAAAAGAGCUAUAAGUCCUGCAUACAAGAAACUUCUUAACAAGCUUUUUGAGCAAACAUGUUGACUGACACAGCAACUUUAGAUGGUUUGUUUAGAACACUAACAUGAUCAAAUGCAGAUGCUGGUCUAGAUGCAGCUCUGAUCUAUGUGCAAUCACCAUGUAAAAUGUAUGAAACAUAGAAUGUGCACAUUCGUACUUGAUUGUUGCUAAAGUUUGGAAAUAAAGACUCAAAUAGCCAAUACCUACA